ACUCGACCCGGCAGUUGACUGGCCGCAUCUGGCUCUGUUUCACACCUAGCCAGCCAGCGGAAUUGAGGCCCAAGGCAACAACGCGCAAACGCGCGGCAGGGAUGCCAUUCGCGAAACCACAUCGAGGAUUUUCGCUCUAGCCCAAUUGUGAUUCCGGCGCGCAUCACGGCUUUAUGAAAUCCCAGGCUGACUGGACCGAUUCUGCCGGGCAACCUUCGCUCGCAACCCAAUACGGUCAACGCGCCAUGACGACCUUCACGGCGUUGAAUGGAGGAGAGCAGAAGCCAUUGGGGAACCCAACUGGCAGCCCCACCAGGCGCUCAGGAUCAGAAGAAAGACCUAGUGGUCCAGCGCCCUCAGGCCCAGAACCCAAGAUUUCCAACGAGGUCUCUUCCAACCAGCGCGAGCACUGGUCAGUGCCCGCAUCUGAGAGACCGCCCUACCAGUCUGCCGGGUAUCCCGAGGUCGAUGGUACCCACAAGCGCAAACGCUCCGAUUCGGCCGAGCCCCGAAGGGAAGCCCCCAACGCGCCGGAAGAACGGGCUGCUGGCCACCAGUCUCAACCGGAAUCACGUGAUGCGUAUGGGACUCCGCAAAGAGACCGCGACUACCGGCCGUAUGGUGAUGAAAUUCGGGAGCAGAGCGAGUCGUGGUACUCGCAGCAGCAGAGAGAGGACCGGAAUGCCUACGACCAGCAAAACUCUGCAGGGUCGAUGCCAUCACAGACCGACGAGCAGAUCGGGGAUGCUCUGCGGAGAGCCACUGGUGAGGCUUACUCACCAACGAGCCCUGACGGUGAUGAUUACUACGGAGGCUCAUACACUCCCGAGCAUCGGAGGGAUGGCUCGAUAAUUCAGUCGGAUCCGAAAAAGCGAAAGCGCAACUUCAGCAACAGAACCAAGACCGGUUGUCUGACGUGUCGCAAGAGGAAGAAGAAGUGUGACGAAACCAAGCCCGAAUGUAACAACUGCUUGCGUGGGGGCUUCAUCUGCCAAGGAUACCCCAAUCAACGGGGUUACCAAAAGAUGGAAAACAAGUCGUCCGCGGUGCCUCUGGAGUCGAAGGAUCCUAGCUAUAUUCCUCCCGGUGCUUAUGGAAUGCCCCAGUCUCAGGCACCGUACCCAAAUCAACCGCCAGCGCCUCCAUACCGGGGCCAACCUCUGCGUAUAGACCCACCACAGGGCCGGCCAGUCCUGACCGACGAUGAUCGAGCAACGGCGUCGACCAUCCCUACGGCCUCGGUGGCAAGUCCAGACAACAAGCUUUCCGCCAUGUCCGCCUAUGCCAACGCCGCAAACGUGUUUCCGACCCCCAUCAGUGCCAUCAGCUCCGCAACGACCAACUUUGGAGAGCAGCGGGGACUGCAGAAGGACUACCAAAGAAUACCUCCUCUGCACGAUGCGGGCCGCAAUGAACCAGAAACACCGCAUCCCGGGAGCACAUUACCACAAAUCAACAUCCUCCACCCGACUCGGACAAGCAGCCCGGUAACUCAACCUCAGACGACCAGCGCUCAGGUUGCCGCCCAGCUCGCCCUAUCUCAUAGUCAUUUCCCUCCCGCCAGGCAACCAACGCAAAAGGAGUUGAUGCUUCAGGGACAGAUGUACAGAUCUUUUGACAAGGAGCUCGUUCUCGAGCGCGAGCGGUGCAGUGGCGCCUGCUGGAGAUUCAACAACUCGACCAAUCCGAAUACGGGCGUUUCGAGUGCCGAGCGAGGGCGGCUUUUCCGUGAGAUCUUGAUGCCAAAGGACCCAAUCAACCUUUCACCGUCCCAGCAGUCGCCCGUGUCGAACAUCGGCCGUAUUGGCGGGGAGUGCGUGGUGGAAUCCCCUUUCACUUGCGACUAUGGCUACAACAUCACCAUCGGCCAGAACGUCUUCAUCGGCCGAAAUUGCACCAUCGUCGAUCCCUGUCCGAUCAAGAUAGGCAACAAUGUCUACAUCGGCCCCAAUGUCAGCCUCUUUGCUGCCACCCUUCAAACGGAUCCGAGCAAGCGUAUGGGUAGCAAGAGUCUCCAAAUGGGCAGCACCAUUUUCAUCGAUGACGACGCAUGGAUUGGUGGCGGUGUCAUUAUUCUCCCGGGCCGCAGAGUGGGCAAGGGUGCUACUGUCGCCGCUGGGUCGAUCGUUACUCGCGUAAGUUUUCAUGACUUUUCCUUCGGAAACAUGCCCGCUAACCAGAUUUUUAGGACGUCCCACCCUUUACCAUCGUGGGCGGCAACCCUGCUCGCGUGAUGCGAGGUGUUGCCACGGGGUAAUCGUAAGAGCUUUGAGAAGGACAACAUCCCUUCUGUCUCAUAGUCGUUUCUCACGUUUGUUUGUGAUCAGUUGUGAUACCCAUGAUCGUCGUUGUUGCCUGUAUAAAUACCGCUUUUUUCCAAGUCGUGUCUUUUCCUCAUCAUUUUUCGGGCGUUUUACUCAUAUAAAGCGCGGGGGCCGAUCUUUUUUGUCUUUUUUCAUCAGCGGUAGCGGGGCUAGAUCAUGUCA